UUUCAUUUUGUUUCCCGUUCUCAUAGUACUAUGUGUUUCCUUUGUUUUGGCAUCGGGCUUCGCUGUGUCGCUCUGUGGUCCUCAAUUUCUUGUCCACUGUGACUUGGUUUCGACUACUUUUGUUCGGUUUCAGCCCGAGUGUGCAAUCAUUGCGGUGCUUGGGGUUGUGUCACUAGAUUCUGUUACAGUUCGUGUGGGUUAGGCGCUUGUUAUUGGAACUAGUUUUGUCCGGGGUUGUUUUUCGUUUGGUCCUGUUUUCGAGCCUCGGAAUAGCGUUGGAGCUGUUGCAAUAUUUGUUUUAGCUGUGAUGAAUUUGUUGCGGAGUCAGCCAGUGGAUUUGUUACUGUUUCCUUGCACUGACCCGCAGCUCUUGCUUGUGGCUCUUGUAAUUACCAGUCGACAGCAUGGCAGAAUGGUCCGGUAAAGUCCAGGGAGAUCAUUGCUGGUGCGCAAUGCAAUGCGGAGUAAAGCUUGUUGUUUGUGCGAAGAUCGUUUAUGAGGGUGCGAAAUUUAGCUGACCCAGGCUCAAUGCAGUGUCCUGAUCCUCCCCUCCCUUUCCUCCCCACCCUUCCCGCAGUUCAGCAUCCAGGUGCACGCUAGCAAGGAUAGCCUCCUUCAUGGUAACAGUCGAAUGCUCUGCAAACAUGGGAGCCUUGUUUUGAAAGUCAUCGUGGGGCGAACUGCGGAGUUGAUCCCCGCAGAACACAAUGUAGAAGAGGCUUCUUGAUGUAGACGUUUGUAUGUGCAAUACAAUGUAGGACGAAGCUGGGGAAGGUGGGCGGGUGGUGGGCAUAAUAACAUAGUCAGCGCAGUUGAAGGUGUGGUGCGGGACGUGUGGGUGGGGCUUGAGGAAAGUCGAGGGCUAAGGUAACUCAUGAGCCGUUGGAAGCGGGAAGGAGUAAGCAAGAGAUAGAGGGAGAUUGAUGAGAGUAAGGAGGGCAGCGGAAGGGAGAGUAGGGGCGGGAAGGACGAUUUGGAAAGCGAGGGGCACCAAAUUUUUUCCUCGCUGGCGUCAGACAAGGACACCCCCCGAGGGUGCGCCACUGGAUCGUGUUGUUUGUGUUGUGGGUUACGAUCGAAAAAAAGUUCUGAGCGGCGCAAAAGGGCUGCGCGCACGCCGACAUUGCACGGGGAUGCAGCCAUGGCCCCUUCUGCACCUAUAACAUUUGCUCCUCCUCUGCCUACGCCUUCGUUUGGUUCAAGCGAUAGACUCGCUGACCAAUCUAAUGGUCAUGCAUUAGGUUCCACCCAAAAACUUCCGGGCAAGAGUAAUCUGAAGCAGACAUCUACAGUAAAUUCCACCCCUCACCCUUGUAAUGGACCUUCGACCGUGGAUAGCAAAGAUGUUAAAUUUGGUGAAUGCCAAGUCGGGUGUGAAGAGAGCGGCCAAGUCGAGGGUGAAAGGGAGACGAAAGUGCAAUGGCUCGAUAACUACGGGAAGGAUUUGACGCAGGUUUUUGAGUAUGAGCCUAGUAGCGACUCUGAUGACUCUGAAGAUUCUGACGACGAAGAUUCAUCACAAGCCUGCACAUGCGUGAUUCAAUGACGGUUGCAGUGCAGGAUCCAGCCAUUUAUCCAAAAUGGGUCAAAGGUCUGGAGAGGGAGCCACAGGGUCUGGCCAGGUUUCAUCAAUCCAGUGCGUGUAUUUGUAUGACCGACUACUAGGGGUUCAGAUUUGGAAGACAGCAUGUACCGUGUGAUACGUUUGGUGGAUUAUGAGAAAGGUGCUCAGGAUGAGCCUGGACGGUGCUUCAAGUGCUUCAAGUGGGAACACCUCAUCUUCUUCGAGGAGGACUGUUGUCCAUCACCAGAGCUGUUUGCCAGGGACGGAGUAUUUACAAAAAGCACCGUCCAGAGAAGCAAGCAGUUCUUUUUUGGACUAGCUUUGUGCGUUUGUAGGAAGCUGGCUGCUCGGAAGAAUUGGGACAACUUCCAAAGUCUUGGCUCGGAGCUUGGUGCGUCCUUGAUGGCGUGACCUUGAUAAGCAAGCAUGCAGGAAGGAAAGAGAGUGUGAAAAGCGUAGUUCAAUCGGAGUUGGCGAGCUUUAUCGUUGAACAUGCUUAGUACCUUAAUACUUCAUCAUGCUUCCUGGUGAAUCGGAUCCGAAUAUGGCAGGUCUAAACGUACCAUACAAUUUGCAGGGCGAUGGGUAUCGGAGGGGAGCAGGUUAAUGGCGAUCGACUCUUUUGCUGACACAGACUGGAUGUACUGGUUGAGCCCGCGGUUUGCAGGUCUUUGACGGAUAGUGUAGUUGAAUUGUCAUAUUUGGUGACGUUGGUACCAAAUUGAGGCUUGAGUAGAUUCGCAACGUGGGCUGCUAUCGUUGGGCACCUGUGGUGUUAGACCGGAUCGUCAGAUAUCAGAGUUUGUCAAGGAUGGGAAAGGUGAGCGUGAUUGAAGACAUGUAAAUUGGUGCCCGUGAUUCCUCCAGUUCCCCUAGCUUAAUUUUAGCAUGAGCUAUGUCGUGUGUAAAUGUUGUUUUUUAAGCCCUUUGAAGACGAGCUGUAAGGUAUUAUUAUUGCUUGCUUGA